CCAUUUAUAUAUGCCUAGUUACAUUUAUUAGUGCACUAAAGCUCCAAAUUAAGCUUUUUAAUUAGGAAUAUAUAGUUGAAGCAUCAUGUCAAUGAAAUGUUGCUACUUGCCUCUUUUUGUAUCGUAAACCGUCUCCCUACAUUCACAAAAUAGAGGUAAGGUCUGCGUACAUACUAUCCUCCUCAGAUCUUACUUGUGGAAUUACACUAGGUUUGUUGUCGUUGUCGUAUCAUGUCAAUGGAGUACUCUUCAAGAAUUAGUUUGCGUCCAUUCAGCGCGACGGAUGUUGAUGAUGUGAUGAUAUGGGGUAGUGAUGAUCGAGUAACUCGUACCACUCGAUGGAAGACUUUGACCUCAAAAGAAGAAGCCUUGAGUUUCAUUAAGGAAGUGUGUAUCCCUUACCCUUGGCGUGUAUCGAUAUGUAUAGAUGAUCGAUCGAUUGGAUUCUUAUGGGUGAUAAAUCCAGGAAGAUCAGGUGUCGAUGGCAACAAGAAUGAAGGUGUUGCAGAUAUAGGAUAUGCUAUAGCAGCUGAGUAUUGGGGAAAGGGGAUUGCGACAAAGGCACUCAAAAUGGCAAUACCUCAAGUGUUCAAUCACUUUCCUGAAAUAGUAAAGCUUCAAGCAUUUGUUCUUUUGGAAAACAAGGCUUCUCAUAGGGUAUUGGAGAAGGCUGGAUUUGUCUACCAAGGAUCAAUAACACAUCAAGUCCAGAUCAAUGGAAAUGAAAUUGUGGUGGUUGAUGCUGUUUACACUUUUUUAUCCACAGAUAACAUCCCUCCAAGCCCAUGAAUUUCAAGUACUUUUUAACUCUAUCUUCAGGUAGUGAAA